CAGCAACCGCCACUGGCAGAAAGUGGGUGAUCAUUCACGCCGCGGCCGGGACUCGUUGUGAACCGUGCUACUUCGAUAACCAGAAAUGGGACGCCCAAACCCUCCCCGAGACUACUGCAAGAAGCUCCUUCCUGUGGCUAUAGACGAGAUAGCAAGUAGGGAGCCACAACGGACUUGGGCAUCACUCCCCGUGGACGACUGGGACCUGGCGCAGGGCUUCGAGGAUGUCACUUUCGCGGCUCUAGCCAGCGCCAUCAACAAGGUGGCACAUACAAUCGCGGCCGCGUUCGGGCCAUCAUCCACGUUUGAAACCUUUGCUUAUCUAGGCGUGCCUGAUGUGAGGUAUCAUGUCGUCCAGAUGGCGGCAGUAAAAGCUGGCUACAAGGUCCUGUUAAGCUCUCCGCUUAACAGCACGAACGUUCACGCUUCGUUAAUGAGGAAGACCCAGUGUGUUGCACUGCUGUCGGCCAACGGCGCUCUAGUUGACGAUAUUCUGAGGGCACACCCGGUCAAGCACGCUUUAAUAGCGGAACUGGACGACCUGUUGAAUCUGGAGGACCAAGCUGCGCCGUAUCCAUUCAACAAGACAUGGGAGGAGGGCAAGCUCGAUCCAUACAUGGUUCUCCAUUCGAGUGGGACAACAGGGGAUCCGAAGCCGGUUGAAUACAAACACCUUUUCUACGGCAAUGCAUGGACCUACCUCUUCCUGCCGGAUGUUUACGGACGCGAACACUUCAUUGAUCUCAUGUACCCUGGCAGCGGGACGAGAUUCCUGCUCACUUCAGCGCCAUUCCACGCAAUGUCAGCUACCUGUGCCCUCCCGAUGAGCGUGUUUGGGGAGGGCACGUUUUGCCCUGGCUUCAGACACCGGGCCAUAACCACCGGCGAUAUUCGCGAGUACUUGGAGUUUGCCAAGGUGACCAAAGCCGCCCUUACGCCUUGGAUGAUGGAAGAUGUCGCUCGCAAGCCCAACCCAGAACGAUACAUCAAACCAUUUGAUUCUGUGUUAUUUGGUGGCGCCGUGCUGUCGCCCCUCGCCAGUGGGAUUUGGGCGAAAUACACCCAUAUCCAGAAUGGUUGGGGCUGCACUGAGGCCAUGGCCGCAGGCAUUGUAAAUGGGGACAAUGAGGACUGGCCCUACGUCUACUUUGACACCGUGCAUACCGGUGUCGAAUUUCGGAAGUCGGAAGCUGAGUUCUUUGAUGAGAACGGUUCACAGAAGGAUCUUUACGAGAUAGUGCUCACCAUGAACGAGUACACAGCCCCCUAUGCGAGCUGGCACGUACGCCAGGGUAUCACGCCAGAAAACACAGAGCCCCCGUAUCCGGAAUAUCGGCCUGGGGACUUGUUUACCCCUCAUCCAGACCCAACAAAAUCCAAAUUUGUUUUUAAAUUUGUCGGUCGUACGGACGACACAUUCACCUUGUCCACGGCAUCGAACAUCCACCCCGGGCCGAUUGAGAGGGCGAUUGGCGCGCACCCCAAGGUGGCGGGCGUCAUGAUCGUGGGUAACCAGCGCCGACAGCCGCUCGCCUUAAUCGAAGUCGCCGAAAGCGUCGAUGCUACCACCGCUCUGAAAGAAGACAUAUGGGAAUCUGUGAUAGAGCCAGCCAACGCUAACAUGCCGGCGCAUGCAACUAUCACGCGGACACAUGUGGCGUUGGUACCACAUGCAUCCUUCGCUCGAACGCCCAUCGGGAAAAUCAUUCGGAGGAAGACAGAGGCCAUGUUCACAGACGUGAUCCACAAGACUUACGAGAGGUUUGGGGAUCAAUGGCAGGGUCGGCAGGGAAGAUUCAGCUCGAUCACCGCAACGACUCAGAUCACUGUGGAAGUUACAGAUUCGCCAAGUGUGUCUGAGACAACCUCAUCUAAAUAGCACAUUUAGUCGUAUUGGCUUCAGAUGUGGCAGCCCAGCAGGCCUUUGCUAGACCCGGAAGCACGGAUACACUGUCACACAGGAACGAAAAAGGUUCCAGGGCCCAGGAAAUGACGGGAAUGCGGGGACUUUCGUGCGCAAAAGUCCUCGCCUUGGCUUCGCGUGACAAAUGUGAUUUCGUUGAUGGUGUGUUACGCUGUUCCGUGAUCGCGCG